AAGGCCGUCACCGCCCGACGCGCGUCGGUGGUGACCCGCGUGUCCGCCGACGCCGCGGCCCCCGCGCCCAGCCCCGCGCCCGUGGAAAAGUCGGCGUUCAAGAAGUUCAGUUCGGCGUUCUCGACCCUAUUCCCGGUGUGGACUGUCAUGAGCGCCGUGGUGGGUAUCAAGGCUCCAGCCACGUUCUCAUUCAUGCAGGCGAACAUGUACACCCUCUGCCUUGCGACCCUAAUGCUCUCCAUGGGCAUCACGUUGACGCUGGACGAUUUCAAAAGGGUCUUCAGCAAGCCGGACGUUGUCGGCAUCGGGUUCCUUGCGUGCUACGUCAUGAUGCCCGUGACAGCCAUGCUCGUGGGAAACAUGGUGGGCUUAUCCGGUCCCCUGCUCGCGGGUCUCAUCCUCGUGGGUAGCAUAAACGGCGGUCAGGCCUCCAACCUGUGCGCAUAUAUUGCCCGCGGUGAUGUCGCGCUCUCGGUGCUCAUGACCACUGCGACCACCAUCGGCUGCAUCUUCAUGACGCCGCUCAUCUGCAAGUUCUGCCUGGGCGCCAUCGUCGACGUGGACGCGAUCGGCAUGGCCAUCUCCACCAUCCAGGUCGUGUUGAUGCCUAUCGUCCUCGGCGUCACCCUGAACAAGUAUGUGCCCAAGGCGUGCCGCGCGGUGGAGCCGGCUUGCCCCAUCAUUGGCGUCCUGAUGACCAUCAUCCUGGUGGGCGCCUCCGUCGCGACCUGCGCGGAGCCCAUCCUCAACGCCGGUCUCAAGCUUCAGCUCGCGGCAUUUCUGCUCCACGCCAUCGGUGGCGCGGCGGGGUAUUGGGUUAUGCGGGCGCUCGGGUACGACGAGACUGUGUGCCGGACAACCGCGAUUGAGACGUCGAUGAAGUCGAGCGCGUUUGGGUUUUUGCUUGCGACUCUGCAUUUUCCAGAGUUUUUGGUUCGCGUGCCGUCCGCGGUGUCCGUGGUGUGGAUGGCGGUCAUGGGUUCAAGCAUGGCCGUCUUCUGGAGGAUGAUUCCGGUGAAGAAAGACAGAGAGACUGCGUGAGUUGAACUAGUUUUGUGUUGUGCCUUGUGAAUCGGGUGUUGCUAGCUAUCCGCGACUGCGCGCGGUCGAAUAAAUACUCACGCCGCUAAC